AUGAAGGAGGUACCUUCACAACCUCCACAACACGCAGUAACAUUGGGUUGGGGGUUAAAAAGGUAUGAAGGAGGACCGGUGUGACAGGCCAACGGUUUGUACGAAAAGAUGAGUUCGUGGUUGACAUUCCUGAGUGUUCGGAUGGACGAACGGAACAACAGGGGGAUGACCAAGCCCGUAUCUCUGGUCGCCUUUUUGGUCUGCUCGGUUUUCCCAACAGUGUUGUCUGAGGUCUGUCCGGCGUACGUGAGGACGACAGAUGGCGAGAGUACAUUCGUGGACAGUUUCUCCUGCCCCACGGUCUCCGACCCUGACGAAGACUCCUACUGUUGCAGCACCGCCACCUUGCGGUAUUGCUGUGCCGACUGCACCCAGUCUCUGUCCCUGUCAUGUAGCACUGGCAGCAGCGAAGUCAACUUGAGUACGGGCGCCAUCGUCGGUAUCUCGGUGUCUGCGGUGGUGUGUGUGGUUCUCCUGGCCGCCAUCAUCGCCCUGUGCUGCUCCUUCUGCUGUGAGAGGAAACUCCGGGGCAGUCAGAUCUCCGUACAGCCUGCUCCAUACCCACAGCCGCCCCGCGGCAUGGAGAUGUACCCGAUGGGACCAUUCCAGCCGCCGCCCUACAUACCAGCCGAGAGUCCGCCUCCGUACACGCCGCAGGAAACAACCGCCACACAACAGAACACCGCCACCGCGCCAGGUGCAGGUGCAGCGGCAACGUCCCGACAGGUCCAGCAAACUGCAGCGCCGCCCUACCGACAGGCUCCGCAAACUACAGCGGCGCCCUACCGCGGACAGGCCCCGCCAGCAGCAUCAGCACCAGACCGGCGUGCCCAGCCUCCUGGCCCGCCAGCACAGUCCGUCUCACUCCGGCAGCGGCAGGCAGCCGGUCCGGAACACGAGUUACCGCCGUACGAGCUGACUCAAGUCGGAUAGGACUAUAUAUUGUAUAAA